AUCCCUUUGUGAAGCCUAGACAACACGAUAAUGGCGCUCAAGUAUUUGUGUUUAGUGUUGUGUGUGACGUUCUUUGCGAUGGAAACUUAUGGAAGGAAGGACUUUGUGGCGUACAAACGAUCUCUCAGCUUCUUCCAAGCUUUUCAGCAAUGUCGCCUGUAUGGGGGAUAUUUGGCUUUCAUUGAGUCGGCCGAGGAAAAUGCACAAGUUGUAACUGCCAUCAAGGCUGUUGGAGAUUUAACCAGUGAAUGGUACAUUGGUGCGACAGAUUUGGGCUUUGAGGGUAGAUUUGUGUGGUUCGGUGUGAACAAGAGAGUAUCCUAUAUGAACUUCAACGGUGGUGAGCCCAACAAUAUCAACGGAGAACACUGUAUCGUAAUAGGAUCGAAUGCAGGAAGCAAAUGGAACGAUGUUUCCUGUGAGUACAAAGCUGCAGGAUUCGUGUGUGCUUUUAUAAGUAUGUAAGAAACAUGAUGUCCUCUUCAAUAAACAUGUAUGAAUGAGAAUAGACAUUGCAACGAGUU